AUGCAAUGCGAUCGCUACAGCCGUUGUCGUCUCUUAGUCGUCUGUACUGCGUCAAUAUUUCGGGACUGCGGCUGUCUGUGGUUGGUGCCUGUUCGAUCGUCGCCGUUCGACCAUCCGUUCACCCAUCGAUGGCGAACGGCCGAUUCCAGUCACUGUGAAUUGUACCGUUUUCUGACGGCGCUGAGCGAAAACCUGCCUGCUCUCGCGACGAUUCAGCCAGCGCUGGUGCACUUCCUGCAAACUCAUCCUCGUCCUCCUCCGACCGAGCAUUCUCUCAAGCGGCAUUUCCAAAACUAUUCCGCCGCAGCUGUGGCGGUCAUCAUUCACAAAAAUACAACUGAUGCAAGCCAUGGAGUGGUGGACGGCGAAUCCAUUACGCGAGAAAACGGAACCAAGACUUACCAGCUGCAUUUGAAACGACUUAACACGGCUGAUUUAGAAGCGAAGCUCAAAAGAAUCACCGAUACAUUGGACAAGAUUCGCAACACCGAAGGCACAGACCGGGUCGAUUCGUCACUCGCUCCGCACGAUGACACAAAUCCGAGCCAGCCUGGCGCGAAAAUCUUCGAACACUCUGGUCAUCCUCCCUGGGCUCAGUCGGACGACGAAGACGAAUUUUACCCCGGUGAGUCUGGUUCGGGCGACCUCCCGGCCGAAACUGAGCCUCCGAUGUCCGCCACAACCGAAAGCGACGUCGUUGUGGUGGUGGACGAGAUGACCACUGUGCCUGUCGUGCUGACGGCACGGCCACCGAGCGUUGUCAUUCAUGACCGCUUCCCUCCACGUGUGACAGAAGACAAGCAGAAAGGUUCCGGUUCCGGUGCUGUUGUGACUUUCAAUGAAAACAGACUGUGGAAAGCAAUUAUGAUAUUUGCGUUCAUCAUCGCACGGUGGUUACUCUGGUCAGUAGAUGGCAUAGUUGACUAA